CGACAAGCUACGAGAUUCACCAUUGGCACUAUAUUGAUAUUGUUUUGUGAAUUAUUAAUGGACUUGUCUUCAAUUUCUCUCUACGCUUCGCCGUUUUAUAACUUGCGAAGCACAUAUGCCGAAUUCAAAUUUCCUGAGGGAGAAGAGCGGCAAGAAUUUUGAAAAAUAUGACGUAAUCGAUAGCUUUGACUACGUCAACACAAUACCCGUUACCAUGGUAACCACAUGAAACUGGAAAAAAUGCAAAAGAACAUUCGCUUUAAUGAGAAUCAGCUCAUCUAUCUAGUAGGCAAAGCCCGUCGGGAAAACACAAAUGCAGGAUUUUUAUACAAGAAGAGUUCAGACACCGGCAAAUGGCAACAACGGUACUUCGUGUUGUACCAGAACCUCAUGUUCUAUUUUGAGAACGAGAAUACGAGCCGUCCACUCGGCGUUGUUCUGUUGGAGGGAAGCUACUGUGAGAGGAUCAUCACUCCCCUUAAAGGCAAGGAGUCGGAAAAACAGAUAACAUGGAACAAUUUUAAGAUCGAGUACAUAUUCACUAUUACCUACAAGAGCGAGGGUCAGAGGAGCUAUGAGCUGCGCACAGACACAGAGUCGGAGUGCAAUGCCUGGAUUGAUGCAAUCAGGAGGGCAAGCUACAGCAAAGUCCUGGAGCAGAAGGAAGAAUUGGAACAGAAACAUCUCCAUGUUAUUCAGAUCCUGGAAAGUGAGAGGCAGGCAAAGUGGCACUAUGUCCAGCAGACAGAGGAGCUUGCCACUGAGGUUAAAAAACUCAAGGCAGAGUUACAAAAGUUCAAGAAAGACCGUUUUUCCAACCACAAAUUGGAAGAUGAAACGGAUGAAAUAAAGAAAAUAAAGAAGGACACAGACAACGAACAACAAGUGAUAUUGAAAGUACAGAGUUUUUUCCGUGGAUGGUUGUGUCGACGGCGCUGGAAACAGAUUGUGGAGCUCUACAUCCGCUCACCGCAUGCUGAGAGCAUGAGAAAACGUAACAGUAUUGUCUUCAGCAUGGUAGAGUGUGAAGAAGAAUACAAUCAACAGCUGUCUACUUUGGUCUGCUGCUUCCUGCGGCCUCUCCGCAUGGCUGCCUCCUCUAAGAAGCCUCCCAUCACGCAUGAGGAUGUCAACUCCAUCUUCCUUAACAGUGAGACACUGUUGUUCCUUCACCAGAUCUUCUUCAAGGGCCUGUGUGCGAGGCUGGAAAACUGGCCCACCCUGGUCCUUGGAGAUCUGUUUGAUAUGUUGCUGCCUAUGUUGUGUAUAUACCAGGAAUAUGUAAGAAAUCAUCAUUAUAGUCUUCAGGUGUUGGCUGAGUACAAACAGAAAUCUGAGUUUAACAACCUGCUCAAGCGUUAUGAGGAGAAGCCGGCAUGUGAGACCAGAACCCUUGAGACCUUCCUCACCUAUCCUAUGCAUCAGAUCCCUCGUUACAUCAUCACCCUGCAUGAGCUGUUGGCCCACACACCUCAUGACCAUGUUGAGCGUAACAGUCUUGAGUAUGCCAAGAGCAAACUCGAGGAACUAUCUAAGAUCAAGGCCUGCAAUGGACUCGUGAAAAACUGA